UGAUUCCGCUUUUAACGACAUCAACUCGAGUUUAUCAAGUCCUACUAGGCAGGAAGCGAUUCAGCAAGCGACAUUCGAAGAACGGACUCGCAAAUUUCUAAGACGAAUCUCGCAUGGUCCUAACAAAGGCAUCAGAACGCUCAUGUAGACGCAUUGUCCAGAUAUUGCUUGCUGUGCUUAUAGUCCCGUUUUCGUUUCAAGAUUCAACUUGCAACACUUUGGCAUCUCAUAGUAUGGGUCAUCCAUUCAUCCAGCGAUUGGCGUUCUGGCGCAUCUAUUCUACGCUACUCUUACACUUUACUAUGUCUCCGGAAUAUAGUUGGAGGUUAUCAUUGUUUCAAAGCUUGCAUUCACCGGCUUCGGCUUCCACACAGGAUAUUUCUUUUGUGAAGGAGAUUUUAAUUUUCACGACGAGAGGUUACUGAACUUGGUUGAGGAACUGCUUACUCGUUCACAUCUCGCGCAGGGAUCCUUGGCUUCGCUUCUUAAAGAACCUUCAUUUUCUUCU